UUCCUUCAGCACUACCGUGUCAUAGGAGGACUAGGCAGAGGCGGGCACGGCUACGUGAUGUCUGCUAUACAUCGCCAGAGUGGUCUAUGUGUAGCUGUCAAAUUGAUCAUCAAGGCUGAUCUCGCACCAAACAGUCUAGUCAAGGAUCCUGUCGAAGGUGGUCUAAUCCCUCUGGAGAUUUUCUUACUUCGUCCUCUCAGCCAUCCAAACAUUAUUGGAUAUCGUGAGCACUUUCAAGACCGCAUGUUCUACUAUCUGCUCCAAAUAGCAUCAAACCCAAAUCUUCGAUACUUGUCGAUCAUUCCUAGGAGAAAAUAUGACCUGUUUGAGUGUAUCGCACGAUAUAAGCGCUUUCCAGAGCCUAUAGCACAGCAUAUAUUUAGCCAGAUUGUAAACGCAGUAUCCUAUCUUGCACGACAGGGAAUAUAUCAUUGUGAUAUAAAAGAUGAGAAUAUUCUUAUUGAUAACCACUUUAAUGUAUGUAUUCAAGUAAUUCCUCGACAUACUCUUCUCAAACAGUUUCAUGGAACUAUAACAUUUGCUUCUCCAGAAAUCUUGAUGGGAUGUAGAUAUAAUCCUGAACCUGCAGAAAUAUGGUCUUUGGGAGUCUUGCUUCACAUUAUUUUGACAGGUGGAUUACCCUUUAAAUCGGCUGACGAAUAUAUUUAUUCUUUGUAUGUUCCUCUGGAUACCAUGUCUCCAUUGCUGGCUGAUCUGAUGAUCUCUAUGCUUCACAAACUUCCAGAUCAAAGAAUCUCUCUUGAAAAACUCCAACAACAUCCAUGGAUA